AUAUAAGCUCAGAAAACAAACCGAGCGAUCACAGCGGCAGCCCGGGCGGCAGCAGCAGCGGAGGAGGAGGAGCAGGAGGAGGAGGCAGAGUUGGAGUUGGGCUGACGCUGCCGAGAGCUGCAGGACGCGGCGGAGUUGCAGGACUCCGCGCCGCUCCAUUCAUUAAGUAGCUGCGGAGGACGGUGGCUGGACGCCGACGCUGCCCACUAGCAAACUUCAGCACGCAGACGCACUCCAGCCGUGCGCGUCUCGGGCAGCACAGCUCUGCAAAAGUUCCUGCUCGGGAUUUGGCUCUCUUCCCCUUGGACUAGCGAACAGUUUCGGGUUGAGAGGAAAGCAGAGGCACCCAGAGGGGAAACCUAUCCGCCUGCAGUUGGAACUACUCUGCUGAGCUGCACUCUCAUCGCCGCGUCCCGAGCCCGCAGACCCUGAGCAGCGGCGGCCCGCAGCGUCCCGGGAGGCUCUCCGCUGCCAGCGCCAUGCAAAACUACAAGUACGACAAGGCGAUCGUCCCGGAAAGUAAGAACGGCGGCAGCCCGGCGCUCAACAACAACCCGAGGAAGGGUGGCAGCAAGCGGGUGUUGCUCAUCUGCCUCGACCUUUUCUGUCUCUUCAUGGCGGCUUUGCCCUUCCUCAUCAUCGAGACAAGCACCAUUAAGCCUUAUCGUCGAGGGUUUUACUGUAAUGAUGAGAGCAUCAAGUAUCCCCUGAAAGUCAGCGAGACUAUAAACGAUGCUGUGCUCUGUGCAGUGGGGAUCGUCAUCGCCAUCCUGGCGAUCAUCACAGGGGAAUUCUACCGGAUCUAUUACCUCAAGGAGAAGUCCCGAUCCACCAUUCAGAACCCGUAUGUGGCCGCUCUCUACAAGCAAGUGGGUUGCUUCCUCUUUGGUUGUGCCAUUAGCCAGUCCUUCACAGACAUCGCCAAAGUAUCCAUCGGGCGCCUGCGGCCUCACUUUCUGAGCGUCUGUGACCCGGAUUUCAGUCAGAUCAACUGUUCUGAGGGCUACAUUCAGAACUACAGGUGCAGAGGGGAAGACAGCAAAGUACAGGAGGCCAGGAAGUCCUUCUUCUCGGGCCAUGCCUCCUUCUCCAUGUUUACCAUGCUGUAUCUGGUGCUAUACCUUCAGGCCCGCUUCACCUGGCGAGGGGCACGCCUGCUUCGGCCCCUCCUGCAAUUCACUUUGCUCAUGAUGGCCUUCUACACGGGAUUGUCACGUGUAUCUGACCACAAACACCAUCCCAGCGAUGUCCUGGCAGGUUUUGCCCAAGGAGCUCUGGUGGCCUGCUGCAUAGUGUUCUUCGUGUCCGAUCUCUUCAAGACUAAGACGAGCCUGUCGCUGCCCACACCUGCGAUCAGGAAGGAGCUCCUGUCACCUGUGGACAUUAUCGACAGGAACAAUCAUCAUAAUAUUGUGUAGGUGCUUCGGCUCCAGAGCGAUUGCUCUGAAGUGACUGCUGACAGCAUGUUCCUGCUGCUCUCCAAUCUCAUCAGACAGUAGAAUGUAGGGAAAAGCUUUUUGCCCAAUGGAUUUUGAAAAAAUUUAAAGGAAAAAAAAAAAAAAAAAAAAAAAAGCCUUAUCUUGUGGCCUUCCAAAAUAGGUCGUUUGCCUGUGUGGAGACAAUAGCACCGGAGUCCUGAGUCCUGGCUGUGUGGCUGAUGUAGUGAGCGUAGGCCUUGUCAGGAGAAAAACACUAGAAUAAUCGAGCAGAGGCUGUGGCCACCUUUUGUGACCCGAGAAAUCCCAGGCCAGUGAGAACAGCUCGAACCCACACCGAAUCAGCCCCUCUGCCUGCCCCCACUAUACUGUGACGUUGGUUCAAGGAAGUUUUGCCUUUUGAAAUACCAGGACUGGGUGCAUUUACUCAGAGUGAUCAGAUCCUGAAUCCAAAUCCCAGGCCCUGAGGCCUCUGUCAUCUCUCCCAUCCCCAGGCUGACAACCAUAGGCCAUCACUUUUAGAGAUUAGGAGACCCUUUGUGGAUGAGUAAACUUCACAAAUAGCACAAUUUCAGAAGACAGGGAGGUCAUCUUCUUCUAACUCGAUACACUGUGAUGCGGAACUGCCAUUGCAGGAUCAAUCACCUGGCGCUUGCACAUGUGUUAGACUUCGGUUACUGCUGUCCCCCCCCUUGAAAUUCUUGCUUGGUGCCUACCGGGAUUUCAGGUGAGGGCCAGUGAUGAGCACAGGCAUGGUCAGCCUUUGGCUGAUCAAAAGAGGCUCAGUAAAGAGCCCAGAAGGGAGAGAGAAGGCAGAAUGAAAAAAAUGAACCAACUUUUUGGCUCCUUGGGAUCGGAGAGAGAGCCAGAGUAGCACACAGUCUCUUGCCCGAAAGGCUACCCUUCGAGCUAAGGGAGCCCAGAGGGUCUUUUGCAGGAGUUGAUCUUGCUGUGUUAAGCACUAUGGCCUCGGGGUUGAUCCCUGGGACAAUCCUUUGGUGGGUUCUGCUGGGCAGAACACAUGGGUUAAAUUUGCAUAGAGUUUUUUUCCUCAUCCUCCUCUAUCCACAAGUGUCCUUCCGAGCAAGGUCCUGUUCUAGAUAAGUAGACAGAGGCCCCGUCUACUGAACCUCCAUGGGAAGGAAGAAGGAAGAAAAAAGUGCUUUUCAAAUCUUUCAAAGGGCUACACGUAACCAUAUGGGUCAACCACAUGCACACCCUUCCACAGACUCCGUCCUUUCAUUUCAACAUAUAGCAAGCUAUGAUUUUAUAUAUAAAUAUUAUAUAAAUAAUGUAUAAAACAUUAAAAGUUAACUAUGUAAGAUAUUAUUUCUGAAACAAUUUUAGCUAUAUCCACUAUGAAUAUAAACUGUGUCUCGACCUGUGUUAUUUACUUUAGCUGCUUAAAGGAGCGUUGAGUUUUGUUUUUGUUUUUUUUUCCAAAUCUCAACUAAAAAUGUCAUAGUUCUGUGGUAGCCAUUGUUUUACAAGGACAGAAGUAACUGCAACUAGAGAAAAAAAAACUGUAUAAAAACAUUAAAUUGUCAGUAUUUUUGUAAGGUUCCGUUUUGUAAAGAGAAUAAUAUUCAAAGUUUUUUUUUUUUUUUUUUUGUGGCAUACAAAGUGAAAACGUGUAUCUGCGAAACUAAAUGUAUAUUAAAUGUGCUUUUGAAAUAAAAGCUCAUAACGUGACUAACUAA